AUGGCUCUCAACUUCGAACACACAAGACAACUUUGCAGAUUUAUAAUUCUUCUGUCAACGUUAAUACUCUAUAUGUGCAUUUGUGCUGCAAUUUACAGCUUGCUGGAGAAAGAAAACGAUCGGACACAGUAUAAUCUCUAUCAGGGGUUAAAGAAAAGCUACAAGCGAAAGUAUAAUUUGAGUGAAGAUGAAUUCAUCAAGUUUGUCAAGGAUGCGAGCAUAAUGUACAAGAGAGGGUAUAUGGGCGAAUACAGGGACUACUGGAAUUUUUACCAUUCGUUCUGGUUUACAAUCACGGUAGUCACUACGAUAGGUAAGCCUCGGUUUCACAUAUUAUCCAGUUAUAUACUGAUUAUCGUACUUGUAGUUGGGUACAUUUGAACACAGAUCGACCCACCGCGGUGUAGAAUGUGAGGUAGAUGCGCGUUUAUGCUGAAUUGAUUUUUUAAUUUGGAGAAGGGGGGAGAUUUUUUCCUUUUUUGGAAACUUUGCAUUUUGCUAGUACCUUUAAAUUUGCAAUUUUGCAGAAAUAUCGGGUAGAAAAUAGGGCAAAUUUCAUGGCAAUAAAUAACUACCGUACGACAAAUUUAAUUUUUUCAAAUUGCCAAACAAAAUUGUAGCGUAUAAGUGCGUAAGGUUAACAACGAAAAAGACGAUGUUCUUGGGAUUUCCGCGUUUCUUCGAUCGGCUCAAAUAAUUGCUCUUUUCUGCUUGUUACAAAUGCGUUUCAUUCUCAGUGUUUUCUUCAACAUCGGAUGAUUUUUUCUUUCAAGUGUAAAAUAAAAACACAGACUAAUGUGACAUGAUUGGUUCUCUUCGCUUUGAAAAUAUUCACCAAUUUAUCGGUGACAUCUGUCUCCAAGAUAAGUAAACGUAACAUUUUCCCUAUAUCUUUGGUUUACUUUUGACAUUAAAAAAUCUAGUGUGUAACAGUCGUCUUCCGUUUGAAGCCGCGCUCGACUCAUCAUAGAAAAAGACCGAGAUAUUUCGAAGGCCGAUAUAUCUGUAUAUCAUCAUUUCGGGAAGAACAAAGAGGUUUUAAGCUUUAAAUGCAAAGUGACUCGCAAUUGUCUCUGUUGUCUCGCAAUAAAAAAAAUUUUGUCGAUAAGCUUCUUAUGCAAUACGUCCAAUACGGCGGCCAUACAUGACAUUAAGACUAUUCAGCACUUUUAAGAUAAAAGAAUGAUUUAAUAUUUUAAUGCCAAAAAUGGAAAAUGAUCAUGAUGAAUGGUCAUUUUGCUCCGUCAUACAUCUUUUAAAUAUGACAGGUUAAAGAGAGAGAUAAAGUUGCUUUAGAAACCAGCCCGAUAUGAAGAUCAUAACGACUCAGUUAUUAAAGGCCCAUAUUCACCCUAGAUGCAUUUCGCGCCCUGUCCUCCAGAAAAAAAAAACAUUUCGCGUCGUUGAAAAUCACUGCCUUCAGUGUGUAGAGUCAAUCUUUGUUAAUCUUCCACAGUUCGCUAAAUCUGGUUUAAAAUUAAGAAAGUCUAAACAGGUUUUUUUUUGUAUUUUCUUUACAUCUUUUUGGAUAUUUUGGUCCGGUAUCGAACCUUUUUGUUUCUGUGAGCCCCGGGGGGGAACACUUGGGUAUUUUUUGGGUGGGUACGUGCCGCCCAAGACUCCAAAUUGGCACCCCGUUUUAAAAAAAAUUUCCCCUAAAACUGAUACCCCGUUCUAGAAAUGGGCCAAUUUUUUAUACCCCGUUCUAGAAUUCGCCCUAAAACUGAUACCCCGUUCUAGAAAUGGGCCAAUUGUUCAUACUCUGUUUAAGGGUGCAACAAGAGUACAACAGUUCGCUUUGUUAACUCAUUGAACCGUAUUUUUAAAAGCAAUCUGUCCUUGAAUAAUUAUAAUUUCAAAUGGCUGCUUACAAAACCGGAGCUUUCGUGCGUUCGAAAUAUUAUACCCCGUUCUAGAAAAUGCCUCUGAAAUGGAUACCCCGUUCUAAAAUCACGAACUCCGUUGGGCGGCACAUAACCGGCCGUAUUCUCGGUUUUCACAUGACGUCAUCAAAAUUCAAACUAAGAAACUAUCGAUUCUUCUGAGAUUCUGAGUUUCAUGAGGUAUUACAGCACCCCACCUUUAUUUAAACAGAGGUUUGGUUCGCUGUUUUGCGAUAGUUUGUUUCACCGUCGACGGGGGUUUAGCCGGCCGGGACUGUGGGUUAAAAAAUUCGUCUCCGUGAAUCCGUUUCUUUAAUCUCUGGAGAGAUAGGAAAGAAGCUCUUGGCUGCAAAUUCUACAGUCAGCGUGUUGCCGAGUUCCGUCUAAAUCGAAUGUUCAUUUGUAAACAAAGGUCCCGUUGAAAUCAGUUGAAAGCAAAACAAGCGAGUCAAUCUAAAUUGAACAAUGCUUUAUUUAAUUUAACCUAUGAAGCGAGUGAUAUCCUUUACGUAAACUUAUUGACCUUCAUUAUGUUCAUCGGACUCAACAAAGCAUCCACACGCGUUCACUACCAGUUUAAAUUUUGAACUGCUUUCUCCGGUGACAUUUAACGAAGUGGGCGAUAUAUCUUCCUCGAUUUGGAAAAGAAUUAAAGUCUUACUGGCUUCUUUGAUACUGUCUCUUUGAGCUUCGGUCAAGCGUGAAAAAAGCUAGUCUCCCUCGCAGUCGUUUUUAGUAUCGUCAAGCAACGCUCCUCAAAAGUGGAAGCCAGUCAAAAACACUGCAUUUGACAAAAGAAUCGUUCAAACCAAAAACACAAGCGCGCAAAGCCGUUUCGGUGGACAUGGGCCUUUAAAACAGUUGUUUCGAGAAAGGUUGUCAGGGUGCAUGCGUCUUACAUUUGGCGAUAACUUGUUCCCGCCACUACGACAUUAGGGCCAUUUAUACGAGGAAAAAUAAGACGCGAACUGUACCAUUUAUACGAGCAUGUCUUGUCUAAUAAGACACGUCUUAGCUAAGCCGCGUCUUAUUUUAGCCGAAAUGUGCCGUUUAUACGGAAAGUUCGCGUCUUAUUUAAGACGCGUCUUAUGUAAGACGCGUCUUAUUUUUCCUCGUAUAAAUGGCCCUAAUCUCGCUAAAACUAGUAGUAGAUUGAUGACGACUAGAUUUUCCCACCAAAAUGACGCUGGUUCACGCGUCAGCAACACUCAGCGAAAAAUUUCGCACACGUAGUCGUUCUCUUCUCCGAAUCUAAAGAGCUCUUAAUAGCUUAGUGCUACCUAUUUUUGAUUAUGCUGAUUUAGUCUGGGGUGACAAGGACAAUGUCUCACUUAUGAAGGAAUUGCAAAUUCUCCAAAACAAAGCAGCUAAGUUGAUAUUAGAUAGAUCACCUCACUCCUCAUCCACCGAUGCAUUGAUUGUCUUGAGAUGGCUGAAUCUUGAAGAACGUAGGAAAUGUCAUCGAUGUAUAUAUGCAUACAAGUGUAUUAAUGGCCAACUUAAUCAUUCUUUGGACAUUGUAAGAAAGAGUGAUAUACAUUCCUACAAUACGCGCAAUAACGAUACUAUCAAGCUCCCCAAAAUUAAAUAUAAUUGGGGAAAACAACGUUCGCGGUACCACUGUUUCAAAGACUUUAAUGAAUUAGAGAGAACUGUAAGAAACUCAGCAAGUUUUCCAAUUUUUAAGAAGUGUCUUUUUCUGCUUUUUAUAAUUGAGUACUUGUAGUGUGUAUGUUUUAAUUAUUUCUGUAACUCGAUUUUAGCUUGAAUUUUUUUUUUUUUUUUUUUUUUUUUUUUUUUUGUAUCAUAUAUAUCGAUUUUAGCUUAACCUUUUUAUAUUUUAAUUGUAUUAUAUAAUAUACAUCUCGUAAUUAGGACCUCUAUGUAAACCACUCUUGUGAUGGAGCAUCCUAUUAAAAGAUUGUUAUUAUUAUUAGCUCUCUAGUAUAAUUAAUGCCUUUGCCCGUAGACAAAAUGUUCCUGUAGCGUUGUGAGGAAGAUAUCAAACAAGGGGGAAGUAACCAUAAUAAUGGUUCUGGUGAUUUUAGCAGACAGUAUUGAACAGCAAAAUAAGGUUCAUUUUUUUAAAGAUUUUACCACCCAGACGACAGGAAACAGUUUCAAUUCCUAAACAUAGACAUGAACUCUUGAAACUAAAGUCAGGGUCGGCCAAGGUUUUGGGGUAUACGGUAUACCGGGGCUUUUUAAAUCGGGUAUACGGUAUAUUGCAGCUUAAAUACGGGUAUUCGGUAUAUCACUUUCUUUGAAUUUCAGGUAUUAAGUAUACCUGGGUAUAAUUUUGGGUAUUUUUGGGUAUUUUAGCGAAUUUUUUUCGGGUAUACUGGUAUACCACUACCCCUCCUGGCCGACCCAGUAAACUGGCCAAUUUUUGAUAUACUGUACUUACUAUCUGUCGUCUUUUGGUUAUAAAUAGCCUUCAGUAAAUUUCGGAAAUCAGCGCAACCUACAGAUUAGUUGGUCAGUGUCUUAGCUAUAUCUGCCAGCAGAUACUUGACUAGUCUGUAAAUUGCGUGAGCAAUGGAUGAUUACCAAUAUUGUGCGCAUUGCGCAUUAGUCAGUGAUCUGUUAACAAAUUACUUAAUAAGGUUGCAUUGAUUUCCAAAAAUUUACUGUAGGUUCUUAGCCAGUGAGAGGACAGAUAUAGUGAGUAUAAUUUAUAAUAAAACAUAAAGUAAACUUAUAAAAUUAACAGCUGAUCGACCGGUCUUUAAGUCUGUGGUAUUACAUUUUACGAUUGGAUUCUGACAACGCUUUGUGUUUUAACGUUUCUUUACAGGAUUUGGACAUAUCGCCCCCGUGACAUUUGCUGGCCGACUUUUCUGUAUUUUUUGUGCCUUGAUUGGAAUCCCUUUAAAUUUAGGUGUACUAAAAACCGUCGGUGAACGAAUUACAAAGUACAUCCGCAGCACUGUCAAACACAUCGAGAAGAAGUACUUAAAAAGAAGACGUCCAAACCGUGUUGGAUUUAAAGUCGCUGGGGUGGCAUUCAUUAUGAUGGUGAUAGUUCUGCUGGUGGGCGGGGCAUCAGACAUGGUGUUCGAUGGAUGGACAUUUUUUGACGGAGUCUACUUCAACUUCAUCACAUACAGUACAAUCGGUUUUGGGGAUUUAUUUCCGCGAGUGGAAAAAGCCUCAAAACUGGAUGAGCUUGGUUUUGGUGAAAACGGCAAGCGUCUAUUCGUUUCAUGUAUCAUGCUAAUUUUUAUGAUCAUAGGAUUGUCUGUUACGUCAACAGUGAUAUGUUCGAUUUUGCAAGCAGUUGAAGAAAUGUCGCACGUCCCCGCAACCUGGACAAGUGUCAGGAGUUCGGCCAUCUUCAGCCGAGACGAUUCUGUUAAGUUAGAAAGUAUAAAAGAGGAAACGGAUGGAGGAACGAUGCAAAGUUGGACAGAGGAAAUAAAAUGUAACGAUACGAGUUAG